AUGUGCUAUCAAGUUUGUUUGGAGACAUUUAUUUUGUUUCUAUUUAUAACAUCAUUUGCAACAGGUGUUGACGAAACUAUUAAAACUAAUUCAAAGUCGGAUGAAACUGCAGCUAUUCUUGAUAAAGCAGGUUCAUUUACUGAUGAAACAUCUACAAAUAUUUAUGAAGCAACUACCAUCGAUUUAAAUGAUACUAAUGUUACUGAAAAUUCUUCAAUAAUCGAAAUCACUAUGACAAGUGAUACUAUUCGUACUACACCGAUUAAAAUUACCUCCACUACAACAACAAGUCGAACAACGACACAAACAAAUUCAGCAAUUAAACAUUCUGUACUGCAUGUAUUUGUCUUCAUGAUCAUUGUUCAAAUCAUCAAAUAA